CAACGCGCAGUGUGGGCACAGCCUCGGGAGGUAAUUUUACAAUUGUUUUCGAAACGAGCAAAGCAUCCAGAACUCUAGGAUGUUUUCGACGAUGAAAUCGCUGAUGACCACUGCGGUCCGGGCUGAGCAGGUGCUCGCCCGAUCGUACGCGGCCAAGGCAGCGACAAAAGCCGCCGCCUCUGCCCAGGGCAAAAUUGUGGCCGUUAUCGGUGCCGUCGUGGACGUGCAGUUCGACGAGCAGCUGCCGCCCAUCCUGAACGCCCUGGAGGUGCAGGACCGCAGCGCCCGGCUGGUGCUGGAGGUUGCGCAACAUCUCGGCGAAAACACCGUCCGCACGAUUGCCAUGGACGGUACGGAGGGUUUGGUGCGCGGACAGCGCGUGCUCGACACCGGAUCACCCAUCCGUAUUCCGGUGGGUGCUGAAACGCUCGGCCGUAUCAUCAACGUUAUCGGCGAGCCGAUUGAUGAGCGCGGUCCGAUCGACACCAACCUAUCGGCCCCAAUUCACGCCGAGGCUCCCGAGUUCAUCGAGAUGAGCGUCGAACAGGAGAUUCUGGUGACCGGUAUCAAGGUCGUGGACCUGCUGGCUCCGUACGCGAAGGGCGGUAAGAUUGGUCUGUUCGGCGGUGCCGGUGUCGGUAAGACCGUACUCAUCAUGGAGUUGAUUAACAACGUUGCUAAGGCGCACGGUGGUUACUCCGUAUUCGCCGGCGUCGGUGAACGCACCCGUGAGGGUAACGAUCUGUACAAUGAGAUGAUUGAGGGUGGUGUCAUCUCGCUGAAGGACAAGUCCUCCAAGGUCGCACUGGUGUACGGUCAGAUGAACGAGCCUCCCGGUGCCCGUGCUCGUGUCGCUCUGACUGGACUGACCGUCGCCGAGUACUUCCGUGACCAGGAGGGUCAGGAUGUGCUGCUCUUCAUCGACAACAUUUUCCGUUUCACCCAGGCCGGUUCGGAGGUGUCCGCUCUGCUGGGUCGUAUCCCGUCCGCUGUCGGUUACCAGCCAACCCUGGCCACGGACAUGGGUAGCAUGCAGGAGCGUAUUACCACGACGAAGAAGGGUUCCAUCACGUCCGUGCAGGCCAUCUACGUGCCGGCUGACGAUUUGACCGAUCCGGCUCCGGCUACCACCUUCGCUCACUUGGACGCCACCACUGUGUUGUCGCGUGCCAUCGCCGAAUUGGGUAUCUACCCGGCCGUCGAUCCGCUCGAUUCGACCUCGCGUAUCAUGGACCCGAACAUCAUUGGUGCCGAGCACUACAACAUUGCCCGUGGUGUGCAGAAGAUCCUGCAGGACUACAAGUCGCUCCAGGACAUCAUCGCUAUCCUGGGUAUGGAUGAGUUGUCCGAGGAGGACAAGCUAACGGUCGCGCGCGCUCGCAAGAUCCAGCGCUUCCUGUCGCAGCCGUUCCAGGUGGCCGAAGUGUUCACCGGACAUGCCGGCAAGCUGGUGCCGCUCGAGGAGACCAUCAAGGGCUUCACGAAGAUCCUGAACGGAGAGCUUGACCAUCUGCCCGAGGUCGCCUUCUACAUGGUCGGCCCCAUCGAAGAGGUCGUAGAGAAGGCCGAACGUCUGGCCAAGGAAGCCGCCUAAGAAGGGACAGCUGCUGGUGCGUUCGAUCAUCGUUCGCCGAAUGGGGCCUGCUGAAGGAGCUCCUCGGCCUUCCUCCCACUUCAACUGUAGAGCCCCUUCAGACACACCUCAUUCUUGAGGCGAAGAGCUAGUGCGUUAGUUAUAAGCGACUCAGUAACAUAAUCGAUUCAUCCGGAGGACGGUACGAGCUGUAUAUUUGUUUGUUUCAUUAAAUGGAAUGAACAGAAAUGUUUGAUCCAAUA